AUGCAUCUCACCAUCAACCUGCGCCGGGGCGCCGCGGCGGCUGCCCUGCUCGCUGUCGGUGUCUCUGCCGCGCCCGCCCCAGGUGAAGUCAGCUGCGAGAAUAACGCCAGCAACGGCAGCGUCUACACGGCGCAGAAUGCCCAAUUCGACAUCCUCUGUGGCGUCGACUACGCCGGCGGCGACAUGGCCGCCCAGGGCGUGGCGACCUUUGCCGAGUGCAUCACGCUCUGCGACUCGACCCCGGGUUGCGUGAACGUGGCCUUUGCCCCCUGGGGCAUGUGCUGGCUCAAGAACAAGAACAUGACGCCGUCGUCGAACCCGGGCAUCUGGACGGCCAAGAGCAAGGCCGGCCUGAGCGGCCUGACGUGCGUCGACAACUUCAGCGACAAGAAGACGUACACCAGCCCGUCGGGCGCUGCCUUUGAGAUCGCCUGCGGCGUCGACUACGCCGGCGGUGACAUGUCGGCCCAGAACACGGCCUCGUUCAAGGAGUGCGUCGACCUGUGCGGCAUCACGGCGGGCUGCGUCGACGUCGCUUACGCCGCGCCCACCUGCUACCUUAAGAACAUCCUGACGACAGCGCGCGCCGUCGGCCACGUGUGGUCGGCUCUCCGCAAGGACGCGGACCCGCUGACGUGCGAGAACAGCCAGUGGGACGCGCGCGAAUUCACCACCGAGGACAAGCGCGUCUACCUGAUCGGCUGCGGCGACGACUACGCGGGCGGCGACAUGGCCGCCGUCGACAGCGCCAGCUUUGAGGCCUGCCUGGACGCCUGCGACGCCGCCGACGGCUGCGUCAACGUCGCCUACGUCGCGCCCCGCUGCUACCUCAAGAACGUCAGCAACUCGCCCCGCGAGGGCACCCACGUCUGG